ACAAUAAAACGCCCUUCUCAUUUCUUUAGGGUUUCUCAUCGUCGUCGUCCUCCUUUUUAGCCUCUUCCAAAAAAACAAAAGAUAGGAAAAAGAACAUAUUUCCUCUCUCGUCGCUAAAUGUAAGAAUGCCCGCGACGGAUUAUCAAGGAUCAUCAGCAGCAGCGUCGUUCGGCCGUUCGAUUUUGAGCCUCCGUCGGGAGCAGGUUCAUUCGAUGGAUUCGCCUACACAGAAUCAUCAUUUUGCAUCCGCAAACGAGCGUGAGCUCGAACUGGAAGCGUUUCAAAAGCAAGUAGCUGACCGGUUCAGCGAUUUGUCCUCGGCCGGGUCGGAUGACUUGCUUUCUCUAUCUUGGAUCCGGAAAUUGUUAAACUGUUUUCUUGAUUGUCAGGAGGAUUUUAGGGUCUUGUUGUUGAAGAACAGAUCGCUUGUUAUUAAAUCUCCUUUAGAUCGUUUAAUUCAGGAUUUCUUUGAGCGGAGUGUUAAAGCUUUAGAUCUUUGUAAUGCGAUUAGAGAUGGAAUUGAGCAGAUCAGGGAAUGGAAGAAGUUGAUCGAGAUUGUUCUUUGCGCUUUAGGCGACAAUAAUCAGAGAAUGAUUGGUGAAGGGCAGUUUCGGAGAGCUAAAAAGGCGCUGGUUGAUUUAUCAAUCUCAAUGCUUGACGAGAGAGAAUCAACCGCUGCCGCGAUAGCUCACAGGAACAGGUCUUUUGGGCGACAAAACGCAUCAUCUAAAGACCAGCAUCAUAAUCAUCGGAGUCUGGGGCAUUUUAGAUCGUUAUCUUGGAGUGUUUCGCGGUCUUGGUCUGCUGCUAGACAGCUUCAGGCUAUUGGGAACAAUUUGGUGGCUCCUAAAGGUAAUGAAAUUGUGGCUACUAAUGGAAUUGCAGUUGCUGUUUAUACUAUGAAUUCGAUUUUGCUGUUUGUAAUGUGGACUAUGGUGGCUGCUAUUCCUUGUCAAGAUAGGGGUUUGCAAGUGCAUUUCUCUAUUCCUAGACAUUUUAUGUGGGCCUCGGCAAUACAGUCAUUGCACGAGAGGGUUUUUGAUGAGUCUAGGAAGAGGGAUAGGAGAAAUGCUUGUGGGUUGUUGAGAGAGAUUUAUCUGAUGGAUAAGUGUACUAAGUUUUUGGCUGAACUGGCUGAUUCGGUUCAGUUUCCUUUGACGGAGGACAAGGAAGCGGAGGUGAGGCUAAGAGUGCGAGAAUUGGGGCAGGUUUGUGACGUAAUGAAGGAGGGAUUGGACCCGUUGGAGAGACAAGUUAGAGAGGUGUUUCACAGGAUUGUUCAUAGCAGGACUGAAGGGCUUGACUCUUUGGGUAGAGUGAAUCAGAAUGAUUGAUAUAUUGGAUUUAUCAAUAGCCUUUAUGUGAAUGCGGUGAUUUUGGAAUGGUAAAAGAAGAGGAAUGCUUUGAAAAUAAACGGGCAAGGAAGCGAAAAAAAAGGAAAAAAAGAAAAAGAAUUCUUGUAUUUAUCAACCAAUAUAUUGUGUAAAGGAAAUGUAGGAUAUGGAAAUUCUGUGGUUCAUCGUGCUGAUCUCCAGCUUGUUGUUGCGAUUUGUAUAAUCAAAAUUUCCCAGUAAAAAUUGCAUCUUGCUGUUGUAGCUGA